GAACCGCGGGCGCCCGGGAGCUGCAGGAGGACCUGGAGCUGAGACUCACCUGUGCACCUGAGCCGGAGGGGAGCCUGACCCCGGAGCAGCCCCCAGGCUCGCCCAGCGCGGACGGGGGGGUGGCCGUCCCGGCGCGGCCGCCAUGACCUGGAGCGCCACAGCCCGGGGCGCCCACCAGCCCGACAACACCGCGUUCACGCAGCAGCGCCUCCCCGCCUGGCAGCCGCUGCUGUCCGCCAGCAUCGCGCUGCCGCUCUUCUUCUGCGCGGGGCUGGCCUUCAUCGGCCUGGGCCUGGGCCUCUACUACUCCUCCAACGGCAUCAAGGAGCUAGAGUACGACUACACCGGCGACGCGGGCACCGGCAACUGCUCCCUGUGCGCCGCGGCCGGCCAGGGCCGCGCGCCGCCGCCCAGCUGCUCGUGCGCCUGGUACUUCUCGCUGGCCGAGCUCUUCCAGGGCCCCGUGUACCUGUACUACGAGCUGACCAACUUCUACCAGAACAACCGGCGCUACGGCGUGUCCCGCGACGACCGGCAGCUGAGCGGGGUGCGCUUCGCGCUGUUCCACCCGGCCAACGAGUGCGCCCCCUACCAGCGCAGCGCCGGCGGCCUGCCCAUCGCGCCUUGCGGCGCCAUCGCCAACAGCCUCUUCAACGACUCCUUCUCGCUGUGGCACCAGCGCCAGCCCGGCGGGCCCUACGUCGAGGUGCCGCUGGACCGCACGGGCAUCGCCUGGUGGACCGACUACCACGUCAAGUUCCGCAACCCGCCGCUGGUGAACGGCAGCCUGGCGCUGGCCUUCCGCGGCACGGUGCCCCCGCCCAACUGGCACCGGCCGGUCUACGAGCUCAGCCGCGACCCCAACAACACCGGCUUCAUCAACCAGGACUUCGUGGUGUGGAUGCGCACGGCCGCGCUGCCCACCUUCCGCAAGCUGUACGCGCGCAUCCGCCAGGGCAACUACUCGGCCGGGCUACCGCGCGGCGCCUACCGCGUCAACAUCACCUACAACUACCCGGUGCGCGCUUUCGGCGGCCACAAGCUCCUCAUCUUCAGCAGCAUCUCGUGGAUGGGCGGCAAGAACCCCUUCCUGGGUAUCGCCUACCUGGUCGUCGGCUCCCUCUGCAUCCUCACCGGCUUCGUCAUGCUGGUCGUCUACAUUCGCUACCAGGACCAGGACGACGACGACGACGACGACUGACCCGGCUUUCCCAGGACCCUUCCCGCUUUCUGCCAAAACUCAGAGCUCCUCUUGGCGUCUGCUGCACCGCUCACCCGAUUCCAACCUUGCCACACUUUUCCUCCCGUGGCGGAUGAGGGGGGCCAGAGAGAGGAAUGACUCCCUUCCUCGAGGGGUGGAGGGGCUACUGGACCCUCUCGCGAGGGUGUUUGGACUGCAGAGGGAAACGUCCUUGCAGAUGACCCCCACCUCCUUCAGGACCCCGAGUUGAUAGGUUAGGUUCUUAGUCUAUAGAGGAGACAGACAGGAAGGGGUGGUGGAGACUCCUGUUUAACCCAGAUCAGGUGAAGAAAGGGAGCCCAGCGGUGUUAAAUAGCUCAUGCAACAGCGGGCAGCUGGCUGGCACUUGGCUCCUGACUAGAGCUUUUCUCUUUGGGGGGUGGGUUGGGAUAGGGACUGAGGCCCACAAAUUACUACUGCAGAGGCAGGGAGGGGCUGGUGAGGAAGGGGGAGAGAUAUUUGUUAAAUAAGUAGAAGGGACCAACCCCAGAGACUGACACCUUAAAGGUGGGGUGGGGCCCUGAAGCUGUGUAUUAACACGCUCCUCUUGCGAUUCCUGUGUUCUCUCAAAUUUAGGAAUCAUUACCCUGAGCCAGGUUACCAAAAAUUGGUUAAUCCAAUUUUUCAGAUUGUAAUUUGUUCCCAGGAGCAGUGACGAUCCAUGUUGCGCGUUCGGUUUAGAGCUCUGCCUUGAAUGGAGGAAGUUCUUUAGAUUUGUGGAAGGAAUGGGGAAAAAAAUAUUUGCUAUCUCUAGAAAACUAGUUGGCAUAUAGAUUUGCAGGUUAGGGUUGGUGUUGCUUCGUGUAAUAUUUUGGUGUAAAAGCAGACACUCAGACUUUACCAGAUGCAAAGCAGAAACUUGAAAAUGCAGGGCCAGUCUGGGCAGGCCUGAGGAAACGUUUAAUCAGAUAGCUGGAGGGGAUCUUACAGGGGAAGUAAUUUCCCUAAAGUCACAUCUGUGUCUCCUGACUCCUGGCUAAAUCCUCUUUGUCAUCUGUUUUUUGGUUUUUUGGUUUUUUUAAUGGUUAGAGAGGAAGGAAUUUAUUCAUACCUUCCCUUGUAUCUGGAAAAAAAAACCCUUUUAAAUUUAUGUUCUCAAAUGCAACGUGUUAGUUUCUGGCAAUCAUCUUUAAAUGAAUGCUAAGACACGGAGUCUUUUUGUGGUGGCAACGGUGGGAUGGCAUAUAGCCAUUAUGUAACUGGAGUCUUCAGAGUAUUUGAACCUUUGAGAUAAUGUUAAAAUGCUGACUAAAAUCAUUCAAUUGAUUUUAUUGAUUACCAUCAAUCAAUAUGUAUAAAAAGUUAUCCCAAGAAGAAAUAAAAUAUUUUUUAUUUUAAAAUUUUUAUGGCAAAAUGAAAGAACUUUAAAAAAAAAACCCAUCAUUAUAUUAUUGUACAAGUUCUUUGCUAAACUCAGUUCCUUGGUGUUUGUCAGACAGAACCUCCAGUGCCUGCUGUCUGUCCAGAAACAGCUGACUUCCAGUUUCUGCUGUUUACGCUCAUUCCUCUAAAGCAGUGCAAGACCUGGGUAUAUUGGGUAUAUUUUUUUAGUACACAAAUUUGUAAUUGUAUUGAAGAAUGUAUGUGGAUUUUAUUUCACUAUUCCAGUUCUGAGGUUACUGACCAGUGAACUGCAUGUGUGUCACUGAUGUCUGUCUUGGGUCUUCUGGAACAAUUAUGAUUUGAGAGAUUCUGUCCCACCAUUUACACAUACCAAAAAAAAAAAAUGCCUUAGUUAUUCAAAUGUGUUGGCUUCCUCACUCCUGAAUGUGACAAAAUUUAACUGUCAGAUUUUGUGUUGUGAUUUCAGGCUAUGAAAACACAAUCAGUAUACGUACAUUGAGUACUUUUUAUUUAUUGUGAAUGUUUGGUUGAGUAGCUUACUGGCCCAGCUCUCUUCUAUUUCGGCUAAGAGAGUUACUACAUUUUUUACCUGUAGUUGAGAGUAACAUGUAUUUUGUUAUCAUUUUCAGAAUAUUCAAAUCUAUUGCUGUAACAUUUUAAAUGAGAGCGUGAAAGUGAAGUGAUUCUGAGUCAGAUUAAAUUAAUGGAUAUGGUUUCA